AUGCCGGGAGCCAUCUUGGGCCCCUGCCCGCAUCCUGCAGAGUCUCCAGGGAAGGCGGUUGCCCGGGUGGAUCCUGCCCAUCGUGCCAUGGAGCCCCUGCUGACUGAGCUCUACAGCCUGAAGAGCCCCCAAGGCCCCCUCGCCCAGGCCACCUCUGGCAAGAGAGAGGCGCUGCCCAGGCUGCCCUGGGAGAGAAGGGGGGACAAUGUGCGGGCAGAAAGCCCCUACCAGAAGCCGAGCGAGCAGCUGGAGCAGCGUCGGCGGGAGCCGCGGGGCUGCGAGAAGCCGCCGGUCGCAAGAGCGGAGCGUCCCGGGCAGAGCGACCGGGGCGAUCGAGAGGCACCUCCACAACCCUCCGAAGGGCGGGAGCAGCAGCGCAGCCUCCAGGAGGGGCUGGAGCACCGGGAGCCCCUGCAGCCGGGCAGCUGGACGCUGGACUUUGAAUCGGAGUCAGCCCAGGAGGAGAUCUACUGGGGCUGCUUCUAUUUCUUCCCUUGGCUCCGGAUGUGCUGGCGAGACAGAAGGGACCCCUCCUAACCAGCCAAGCCACAGAUGGCGGUCGUGAUCCUGGUGGUGGAACGUUUGCAGCUUGUCUACAGGCCAGCGCAACGGUGCUGCCACAUCGUAAGGAAAAUUCACCACACGUGCGAGCAAAACGAUGGACUUUAGCCCGAGAAACAGAACUUUAAUGCUGCUCUUUAAAUCUGUUCCAAAUUUUG